AUGAAAGUUUGUAUCAAGUAUUGGCUCGUCGCUGUUGGCUGUUUGGGGAUGUUGUAUAUUUACUUCCUUCCAAAACUAAACAGGUCUUUUGGUAUUAUUGACCAGGAACAUGUACUUUCAAAAUUUAACGUUUUUCAGUCUCCCACGAAAAAUAUCAAUCAUGAUCAUCCUUCAAUUUCACUGUACAUGAGAAUGUCAGGUAAAAGAGAUGACCACAGACAUAGAUUUUACUGCAAUAUGUUGAAGACGAUUCCUCUUUUCUGGCCAGGAUGGCUAGGUAAAAUGGUUCUUGUACUUGAUGAAGAAUCAGAGAAGGAUCACGCCUUCGGUGAAACACUAUUGAAUCAAACGAAAGAACAUUUUCCCAAUCAAACUUUUCAAGUAAAAUACGAGCCACUACCAAAAGAUCCGUUGGUUUUAACUUAUCCUGGUCAGCUAAAUCAACCUGGUUAUAAUCGUCAGUUAUGGAGCAGCUUUUUCAUAGAUCUUUACACCGAUGAUGAGAUGAUAGCUUGGUUAGAUAGUGAUUCGCCAUUUAUUUUCCCUGUAACCAUAUCAACUAUAAAGGCAAAUGGCAAAGUAAGAAUUCUUGGUUCAGAAUGUGCAAUGAAAUUUGACUGGGGAGAAUCAUGGGCAAAAACCACAAAGUUAGCGAUAGGACUACCACAAGUUGCUGAUUUUAUGACAUACUUUCCUGUGUACAUCUACCGUGACACGUUUACACACUGCAGAGACCACAUAUUAAAAAACUUCAAUACAAGUAACUUUGAAGAAGCAUAUCAACAAUUUCACGAAACAAGCAAUGCUCUUUCUCCAGUAAACGUUAUCAUCAGCUACGCUUGGUUCUUUGAGAAAGAUCGCUACGACUGGAAUAUAGAAAUGUGCAGUGAUUUGAAUGUUUACAACAACCGUUUACCUGAAGGCCACAAAAUUCAGAAAAAUGACACAGUUAAUCGAAAUAGAUUAUUAGUUCAACCUCAAACUGCAUACCAUGGACCGUUGAAUGCCCAAGAUUACUAUGCAAAACUCAUUCCAAUUUCCUACUGUUUGUCAAUAAGUGAAGCUGCCAAGAGUGAAGACAUGUGUAUAAAAUAUUCGCGAUUGGAUCUCAAUCGCUUAUUUAAUCUAUUCAAAUCAGAUAUGCACAGCUUAAAAGAAAGGUUAAAUAUUCCCCAUCCAUGUAUUGGAAAUCACACUCAGUAUUGCUUAAAGAUCUUAAAACGUCAUAUCAAGAAUGUUGGUGUUGAAAUCAAAGAUAACAAACGAAGAAUGACAUGGGAAGACGUCACAACAGUUGUUUCUAUAGCCCGCAAACUAGGUGUAAAUUGUCCACCCCAACCAGUUUAAUAAUCAUAGUUACAAUAUAAAUAUGUCUGUAGUAAAGUGGGCAUAUGGCCAUUCUUAUCAUUUGAUUACUUUAGAUAAUUUUAAAUGGAAAAAUUAUAUAAUCUCUUUUUUA